GCAUUGUUGUUUCCUGUUAACACCGUCAACCCACCACCCACUCGUGCUACGCUGGAAUUGAAACAAACGCACCUCCAGCGUCGAAGCUAAGAGGCAGGCAUGAAGCCUGUUACUGGUAGAGUAAAAUAAUAAAGUUUGGCGGCUGUAAAUGACACCCUGGAAGGUGCUGCAGAAACAGUAAGCUGUCAAGUAAAUUUAAAGACCACGAAGAAAGCAGCCAGAUGUGAAUAAGUGACUUUAAAGUUUUUUUUUUUUUUAACAGUUGUUUUAACCGUCCACUUUAGUCUGCGUCUUUACUGUAACGUUAGCUUCACCGUGAACUAGCUAAAACGAGGUUACGACAGGUAGCUGUUCAUCAAAAACUGCUAGAAAAGAAGAUCGAGGGAAGAAGGAGACAGGUGAAGGAGAAACGCAGGUUGCAGAAAUGGAGACAGGAAACAUCUCCACUCUUUACCCACUUGACUUUGUGAGAGAGUAAAGGAAGUGCAACUGAUUCAAGAUUUAAAGAAAAAAAGAUGUAGGAAAAAAAUAGACAGAUACUGAUUCGGUGUCAGUCCUGGAGUCAGUUGAUGGAGAGGCAUGUUCAGACUUAAAGUAUAUGAUUGAGACCUGCCAUAAAAUGACUGACAGGUCCUUUAAGGGGACCAACACUACACAACAGCUCUAUAUUAAUGGUUGUUUACAUCAGGCAGACACUGUAGUGAAACUGACAGAUAUCAGGUAUGAUCAGAUGAAUACCAAACUGCUUUAUCAGUCAGUUUUGAUAUUCAGUUUAUUAUUAUUAACAUUGAAGAAAACCAUGCAGAUUGGGUUUGAUUAGAAUCAGAUGAUAUGUCCAUCAGCACGUCUGUUACAGCCCUCAUGAGUCCACUAUUGAGGAUCUGAAGUGAGGUAGAGUUUACCCACCCUUUAUUUUACAACUACAGCCCUGUUUGAAACAUGUACAGUAUGUGUAUGGCUGUGUAUCUUUUCUCAGCUGUAAUGCUCCUUAACCCCAGUCCUGUCGAUACAUGGUUCGAGAGGAUUAGCAUCAUGGUGAUCCUGCUCAACUGUGUGACACUGGGCAUGUACCAGCCCUGUGAGAACAUCGACUGUACCUCGGACCGCUGCCAGAUACUGCAGGCCUUUGAUGCAUUCAUCUACAUCUUCUUUGCAUUGGAGAUGGUUGUAAAGAUGGUGGCACUUGGGAUCUUUGGCCGCCGCUGUUACCUGGGAGACACCUGGAACAGGCUAGACUUCUUCAUCGUCAUGGCUGGGAUGGUAGAGUACUCUCUGGACCUGCAGAAUAUUAACCUGUCGGCCAUCCGGACGGUGCGGGUCCUUCGUCCUCUCAAAGCCAUCAACAGAGUGCCAAGUAUGCGAAUCCUGGUGAACCUGUUGCUCGACACUCUACCCAUGCUGGGCAACGUGCUGCUGCUCUGCUUCUUCGUCUUCUUCAUCUUCGGCAUCAUCGGCGUGCAGCUGUGGGCGGGGCUGCUGCGGAACCGCUGCUACCUUGAGGAGAACUUCACCUUGUCAUCAGGUAUGACUCUGCCAGCACCAUACUAUCAGCCUGAGGAGGACGAUGAGCGCCCCUUCAUCUGCUCCCUGGCGUCUGAUAACGGCAUCAUGUCGUGCACUGAUGUGCCGGCGAGGCGCGAAGGAGGCCGCACGUGCUGCUUGGACAGAGAGGAUGCACUCCACAGACAGGCUCUGGGCCUGAGUCCUGAACCGUUGGCCAACGGCAGUGGUGCUGGCGAAGCAAUGGGACUUUGCAUCAACUGGAACCAGUAUUACACCCGCUGCCACACAGGGAAUAGUAACCCCCAUAAAGGUGCCAUCAACUUUGACAACAUUGUCUACGCCUGGAUUGUAAUUUUUCAGGUGAUCACUCUGGAGGGCUGGGUAGAGAUCAUGUAUUAUGUAAUGGAUGCCCACUCCUUCUACAACUUCAUCUACUUCAUCUUACUCAUCAUUAUCGGUUCUUUCUUCAUGAUCAACCUGUGCCUAGUGGUCAUUGCCACCCAGUUCUCAGAGACCAAACAGCGGGAACACCAGCUGAUGCAGGAGCAAAGGGCACAGUGCCUGUCCUCCUCCACCUUGGCCAGCAUGGCUGAGCCAGGGGAUUGCUAUGAGGAGAUCUUCCAGCUGGUCUGCCAUGUCCUCCGCAAGGCUAAGAGGAGAUCAGCAGCUCUCUACUACACGCUGAGGGGCAAGCCCCCGCCGGCUGGUGGAGGCAGGGGUAACAGGCGCGGUGGAGGGAACGUGAACGGAGAGCGGCAUCAUUCGAGGCACCCAAGAUUAUCCCAGUGUCCACACCAAAGCAAACAAGACCACGGCUCUCAGCCACUAGCCAACUCCAUCAGUCUGUCUGUCCCUCAAAAUCCCGAGGACUGCCCUAUAUGUGCGCUGUCGUUGAAAGAGGGGGCAAGAGCCGUGGGAGACUCUGCCAACGAGGAGGAAGACGAGGAGGAUGCUGUGAAAGAGACGGGCAAGGAGGAGAACCACUUAGAGGAGAGGGGAGACGGGGAGAGGAAGAGGAAGAGGACGUGCUUUGGACAUUGUAAGGACAUUUGGAAUGAUAUGAGGAGGAAGCUUUGGGGCAUUGUGGAGAGCAAGUACUUCAGCAGGGGCAUUAUGAUCGCUAUUCUCAUCAACACCAUCAGCAUGGGCAUCGAGCAUCAUAACCAGCCCGAAGAGCUGACCAAUGUCCUGGAGAUCUGCAACAUUGUCUUCACCAGCAUGUUCACACUGGAGAUGAUCCUCAAGCUGACGGCUUUUGGCUUCUUUGAGUACCUGAGGAACCCGUAUAACAUCUUUGAUGGCAUCAUUGUCAUCAUCAGUGUGUGUGAGAUCAUCGGCCAGGCAGACGGCGGUCUGUCAGUGCUGAGGACCUUCAGGCUACUGAGGGUCAUUAAGCUGGUAAGGUUCAUGCCUGCGCUGAGGCGGCAGCUGGUGGUGCUGAUGAAGACGAUGGACAACGUGGCCACCUUCUGUAUGCUGCUCAUGCUCUUCAUCUUCAUCUUCAGUAUCCUUGGGAUGCAUAUAUUUGGUUGUAAGUUCAGUCUGAAGACAGAGGCAGGAGACACAGUGCCUGACAGGAAGAACUUUGACUCCCUGCUCUGGGCCAUUGUCACAGUCUUUCAGAUUCUGACUCAGGAGGACUGGAACAUGGUACUUUACAAUGGCAUGGCCUCCACCUCGCCCUGUGCUGCUCUCUAUUUUGUGGCUCUUAUGACGUUUGGAAACUAUGUGCUCUUCAAUUUACUGGUUGCCAUCUUGGUUGAGGGUUUCCAAGCUGAGGGUGACGCAAACCGCUCAUACUCAGACGAUGACAGGUCUUCUUGUAAUUUUGAGGAGAAUGAUAAGCAGAAAGAAACUCUGCAUCUCUCAGACCCAAAGAUCUGUACACUGACCCCAAAUGGGCACUUGGACUUGUCCUCGCUGCCUGCAGGUCUGUUUCCAGGAGAGAGGUUGACCUUUGCUCUUGGCUCCAGGAAGAACAGUGUUAUUUCUCUUGGCAGGGCCAACCUGGAGCAGAGGGCUGUGUAUCCAGGUCGGGGUUACCACAACUGGGGCCGCCCACUGCCUCCCCAGCCUCAGGCUUUGUGGGCCCGUCGUUCCAGCUGGAACAGUCUGGGAGGCUGCCGCCCUUGUUCUUCCUCAUCUCCCUCCACCAGUCCAGUCUUCACCCCCACCUCAACCAGGCCCUUCUACGGCUACGGCCUGGGUGGUCUGGGAGGGGUGGUUGGAGGGAGCCUUCGUAUCCGCGGUCCCCGUGCCUCCUCAUCCCCGCGCCGGCACCUCCACCAGGUCCAUCCAGAUGAGGAAGAGUCUCUUCUCUCCCCUCCUGCUGUCGCCCCUCACUCUCUCCACCUUCCCCAUCCUAUGCUCCCAGGCCACUUUGUGCCCAGGAGGGACCGCAGGGCUCUAUCGCUAGAGCUGCCCCACCUGCUGCAGGUCCCAGGACCUCCACACCCUCCGCCGCCGCCACACCACCCACUGCCCUCCAUGUCGCUCCACGCUCACCACAGGAAGAAGAGCUUCUCUGGAGUUGGUGGCGGUGGACUUGACAGUCUGGGUGGCUUAGGAGGGGUCCACCAAGACUGUAAUGGGAAGACUCCACUGUCUCAGCUUCUCCAGCCACCUCCAAGACACCAGAGUGAGCAGGCAGGAGGGGUGAACCCCCAGAGUCAACUGAUGGCUGAUGUCUUCCCCCAGGUUAACACUCGCAGCAAGGACCGGGAGGACCUGGACGAUGACAUUGACUAUAGCUUGUGCUUCCGCAUCCAGAAGAUGUUAGAGGCGUACAGACCAGACUGGUGUGAGACUAGAGAGGACUGGUCUGUCUUCCUGUUCUCCCCACAAAACAAGUUCAGACAGAUGUGCCAGUCCAUCAUUGCCCAUAAGCUGUUUGACUAUGUGGUGCUGGCAUUCAUCUUCUCCAACUGCAUCACAGUAGCUCUGGAGAGGCCCAAGAUAUUACAGGGCAGCCUGGAAAGAGUCUUUCUCACCAUCUCCAACUACAUCUUUACUGCCAUCUUUGUGGGCGAGAUGACACUCAAGGUGGUUUCCAUGGGUCUGUAUAUGGGGGAGCAGGCUUAUCUGCGGAGCAGCUGGAACAUUCUGGAUGGCUUCCUGGUUUUCGUGUCUUUGGUUGACAUUGUUGUGUCCAUGGCGGGUGGGGCCAAGAUCCUGGGUGUGCUCAGAGUUCUCAGGCUGCUCAGAACAUUGCGUCCCCUCAGGGUGAUCAGCAGAGCUCCAGGUCUGAAGCUAGUGGUGGAAACCCUCAUCACUUCUCUCAAACCCAUCGGCAACAUCGUCCUCAUCUGCUGUGCUUUCUUCAUCAUCUUUGGCAUUCUUGGGGUACAGCUGUUUAAAGGCAAGUUCUUCUAUUGCUUCGGCCCUGAUGUCAAAAACAUCACCAACAAGUCUGACUGUCUGCAAGCCAACUACAAGUGGGUUCACCAUAAGUACAACUUCGACAACCUGGGACAGGCUCUGAUGUCCUUGUUUGUACUCGCCUCUAAGGAUGGUUGGGUUAAUAUUAUGUAUCAUGGCCUGGAUGCUGUGGGUGUGGACCAACAGCCGGUGACCAACAACAACCCGUGGAUGCUGCUGUAUUUCAUCUCCUUCCUCCUCAUCGUCAGCUUCUUCGUCCUCAACAUGUUCGUCGGCGUGGUGGUGGAGAACUUUCACAAGUGCCGUCAGCACCAGGAGGUGGAGGAGGCCAAGAGGCGAGAGGAGAAGCGUCAGCGGCGCAUGGAAAAGAAGAGGAGGAAAGCCCAAAAGCUGCCCUACUAUUCCAGCUAUGGCCACAUGCGCCUGAUGAUCCACACACUGUGCACAAACCACUACCUGGACCUCAUCAUCACCUUCAUCAUCUGCAUCAAUGUCAUCACCAUGUCCCUGGAGCACUACAAUCAACCUCACUCUUUGGAUCUCGCCCUGAAGUACUGCAACUAUUUCUUCACCUCCACUUUUGUGCUGGAAGCAGUACUCAAACUCAUCGCCUUCGGCUUUCGCCGCUUCUUCAAAGACAGAUGGAACCAGUUGGACCUGGCCAUCGUGCUUUUGUCAGUGAUGGGCAUCACCCUGGAGGAGAUCGAGAUCAGUGCUGCCCUGCCCAUCAACCCCACUAUCAUCAGGAUCAUGAGAGUACUGAGGAUCGCACGAGUGCUGAAGCUGCUGAAGAUGGCGACAGGAAUGAGAGCCCUGUUGGAUACGGUGGUCCAAGCCCUGCCUCAGGUGGGUAACCUGGGCCUGCUCUUCAUGCUGCUGUUUUUCAUCUACGCCGCCUUAGGAGUAGAGCUUUUUGGAGAACUUGUUUGCAAUGAAGACUACCCAUGUGAGGGUAUGAGUCGUCACGCUACCUUUGAGAACUUUGGCAUGGCCUUCCUUACCUUGUUUCAAGUCUCCACGGGCGACAACUGGAAUGGCAUCAUGAAGGACACAUUGCGGGAGUGCCCACCAGACCACGGCACCGAUGUGGACUAUGCCUGCAAUCCGAGCCUUCAGUUUAUCUCGCCCAUGUACUUUGUCUCCUUCGUGCUCACCGCCCAGUUCGUGCUCAUCAACGUGGUGGUGGCCGUGCUGAUGAAGCACCUGGACGACUCCAACAAGGAGGCCCAAGAGGAGGCGGAGAUGGAUGCAGAAAUUGAGCUGGAGCUGGCCCAGGGCACCCUCUGUUGCAUGGGCGCCCCCAGUUGUGGGGGUGGGGGGGUGGAAAAAGGACUAGUCGCCGCCGGAUCGGGGCCCGGGGGUACAGCAGGAGGAAGGGAGAGGGGAGAUGCCAGAGGAGAGAAGGGGGAAGGAGGAAGGAAGAUGCGGCACGCGGCAGCCGCUGCGCAUCAAGGACCAUACAACUCCCGCAACUCCAGCCGGAGCCUGUACUCACCAGCACAAGAGAGCCAGUGGCUGGACAGCGUAUCUCUCCUGAUCAAGGAUACGUUAGAGGGGGAGAUGCUGAUGAUCGACAACCUCUCCGGCUCUGUCUUCCACCACUACUCCUCUCCUCCACCCAUCUGCAAAGACUGCAAGGGCCACCCACAAGAGCAAAUCAGGAUGGCGGAGAUCGAGCAGGCGUCGCUGAAGUCGGAGCAACUGUCAGACAAGUCCUCAUCCCCCGCCCUGCCGGAUGACCUCAGCCUGGACGAACAUACUGCCUACCAGCUGCUGGCACGAGAGGGCAAGGGAAGGUACAGCAGUGACUCCCGCAGCUCAGAGGAGGCCGGAGGUGGAGGCCACCAGACGCAGACUGUGGUGCAGAGCCAGGUGCAGGGGCUUGGCCUGCCCUGCAGGGCCCUCUGCACUGGUGUUGAGAUGGAAACUGCACUACAGGAGAUGGAAAUGCAAACACACCAACCACACAUGUGCUCACCUCACUGCAGCCCUGGUGGUGUGUCCAGCAGCAGCAACAAGGACAGAAACAGAGAAGGAGAGGGAGGAGCCAGUGGCAUUUCUCCUCUCUUCCAUCUGCCUGCAGAGUUCUUCCACCCUGCAGGAGCAGCCAUCCCAGCACCUCCCCGCAGUAGGAGCCUAAGGUUGACAAGGGGCCUUAGGCUGACCUCCCCGGCCUCCUGGGCUUCACUCCGCUCCCCGGGAGCCCAUAGCAAGAUGCUCUGCAUGCAGUACCCCUCCCACAGUGACUCAUCCCUUGCUACAGGCAGCUCUGAAGGCAGCCUCCAGACCACCCUGGAAGAAGGACUGAGCUUCAGCAUCUCUCCGCCGCAGAACUUGGAGCUGCCAUUGCCGACAGCCCCCUUACCGCUCCCGUUGCCUGAAGACAGGACUAUCCUUUCCUCCCCGGUCCAGACCCUGAGACCAAGGCCGAGCCCCUCAUCAGCUCUAACCCUCCAGGCCACCAGGGGCCACCAGCGGAGCCAGAGCAGCGGGCGAGGUAGCACAAGCCCAGGCUACACCCGCGACGACUCGAUCGACCCUUCCGAUGAGGACCUGGGUAUAGGCAUUGGAUCGUCCAUCGGCGGAUGUGGCUCCAGCCAAGCGGGAAACAGUGAACACUUGUCAGAGACACUGAGCAGCUUAUCGCUGACAUCACUGCUGUCGCCCAGCUCCCUGGUGUACCCGGGAGGAGCAGUGAAGAAGUGCAACAGCACAGGAAGCCUGGACCAAGGGGGGAUGUUGCUGUCAUCCCGGGGCAAGGAGGGCCGCAGGGAGAUUCUGGGCCUGGAGCUUAUGGACCCCCAGGGCCUCUUGGCCAACCCCUGGACAGGGGUAUUAGUUGAUACAAGAAGAGGAGAGGGAAGAGGGGAAAUAGGAGAUGGAGAGCAAGGACUCAAAGGGAAGAGCUCAAGCCAAACAACAGUAGGGCCUUGCCGGAAAAACAGAUGAAACCUGCUGUUUACUCUUCCUUUGUCUCUCCAUUCCUUGGAUCUAAACCCAUUGCUGUCCCUCUCGCUCUCUCUGCUCCCAUCAGUGAGAGAGAGGCUCGAUGACACAUGAUGUCCUGUAUUCCAAAACCAAACCCUCAUCUUGCCCCUUCAGCCCCUUUCUAUACAUUUGUGACAAGCCCAUGUCCUAUUUUGUGCUACCUAGGGGAGUGGUCUUGGUUAUGGUCUGCUGGUGAAGAAGUGGCCCGCAGAGUUAAGGCCCGAGAGCUGAAGAUAGGUCCUUAUACCCUCUUAGAGGCGGUACCUGUAGAGGAGGCAAUGGAAGGUUCUGCUCGCAUUGGAAGACCAGGAGGCCAUUCAUAUCAGGGAGUCAAUAGGAACAGAGACAAAAGAGCUUAAACUCAAAGACACAAGAAAGCAUCUUGUCAUUGCUCUGCAGUAGUUCCCUUUUCUCCGCGUCGGCUCGGGUUCACUGAGGUUGAAAAUGCAAAAAUAGAAGCACCCAAACUGAAAUAGCUAUCCACACCAACAGAGACUUUGUUUUAAUUUGUUUAUGUCUCAGAGGCAGUGCAGUUAAGUAAGUGGGCGGAGGCUCAGAGAUGGCGGAAUAUAUCAAGGCGGAAGUGAGGCUGGGAAAGGAGAAGGCAGGUCAUUUGUUUGGCUGGGAAAGCUGAAAGCGGAUCUAAUGUCCAUCUGUUCUGGCAGACGGAAACAACAGGUCCUACUCACUCUGGCGCAGGACCUUCUGCUGAGAUCAGAGUAAAAAAUGUGAGGUGGAGGAGAGUUCAGGAGUGUGUGCUCACAGUGUGUGUUUGUGUGCGAGAGAGAGCACUGCCUCAGGUAUCCAAGGCAUGAAUUAAAUCGUUCUCAUCAUUUCACCAUACCUCUGUAUUUAUUUAUUUUUUUUCUGAAACAGGAGACAGGUAUUGACUGAUCAAAGCUUUCGCGCCUCUGUCAACUCUGUCUUGAGUGGCAGCGGAAAAUAAAAAGAAAUUGACAGAUUGUGGAGGUAUAGCCGUGCGUGGAGUGAUUCGUGAAAUUGGUUAUUUUUCUUUCUAUCUCCAGCAUCUCUCAUUCACUCAGACAUGAAGAAAUGAGUAUGAAAAAGAGCAAGGUUGGACGGAGCUUUAUGAACCCCAUCAAGAAGAAACAGUAGAUGCGUGCUUCUGGGGCAGUCUUGUGUGCACCAAAAACAUGGUUCACAGCCGCUUAAUAAAGUGAGACUUCAAGCACACUCCUUUUUAACACCACUUCCUCUCACCAAGCUUUAGGAUUUACUAUGAACGAACAAAACCACAAGAAUUGCGAGGGACUUUGACUGCAUGAUGGAAUUGCAUUUAACCAAGAUUUUUAUCUAUAUACAGAAGUGUAUCAAGAUGUCAAUGUUGGGUGAUAACCGUGUGAUUUCUAUUCCACUAUUUUUGUAGAAAAGAGAAUAGGCACGUGCAAGUGUUGCCGUUACCUUGUCCCUGUUUCAUUUAACCCAUCCGGUCUCUUUGACUUGUUGUCUAGGACUUUUUUGUCUGCCAGUGGCUUCCAGUUUUAUAACAUUUUUUAAGGUGUGGACAAUGUAUAAAACAACGAAGCAAAAAAUUUCAAACAAACUUUUGUGCGCUGAAGUGAUUGUUCCCUCCAGCACAUUUCUCUUUGGGAACACCGGUUCCUUGUGGAUUUUUUUUUUCUGUUUUUUUUUUUUUUCUUUCAGAUGUUGGAGUCCCAGAGGACAACCAGAGAUUGGAACAGCCAUACUCACUCAGCACAUGAGGUUCGCUCUAGCUCACAGACAUUUCCUGGCUGCGCACAGGGAGCUUUGUUUGCUUUUUAGCCUCCUAUGCUAAAAACCAUGAAUAGCGUAAACCAUCUCUACGAAAGCUUUAAUUUGAGAGUUACACCACAACAUAUCGAUUAUGGACACAUUAGUGUUCCUUGAGCAUGGUUCUGGGAUUGCAAUACAGUAUGUUUUUCUUGAAAUGAUGCACUCAUCCUCUCUUCCCCAUCUCUUCACACCUACAGUAUGUUGUAGCAACCCUUUCACACACCAUAGUUUGAUAUAAAAAGCUUGACACUGUAACAAUGAACAAAACUUUUGCAUCUUUUAAUGCAAACUUACUUUGGCUUCUGCCACUUGAUUAAUUACUCCAUCCCAAAAAGGAGAUGCUCAUCUUUAAGCCUGAUUUCUAGAGUUAGACUGUUGUACCCCUAGUGUUUUGAUCAUUACCUUACUUUUUUAAAUUUCUCAAAAAGAAUGAGGUGAUGUGAGAAAAUCUGAGGGUUUGACCUUUUUUAUCAUGCAAAAUCACUUUGAUGACUAUGUUAUAUCACAUGGUGUUGGGUAUUUAUGAGUGAGUAAAGACAGUUAUGUGUGUGUGAGUGUGUGUGUGUGUGUGUGUGUGUAUGUGUGUUUGUUUAUGACUUCAGGUGAAGUGAUUGCCUUUUCCUGAAGUGUCCUGUUUGUCAGUGAGGAUACCUGAGAUUAAAGGUUGAAGAGGGAAAACACGAAGCAACCAAGGGCUGUUUUAGCUUCAAAGAUAUAUCCUCCUAUCUUUCUGAGACAAAUCCUUGUGUCAGUCAAUAUGGCAUCAAAGGUUAAAGCCUGAUUACACAGCAAUAAAUGUUCUAUGUGUAUGCCCUGAGUAAA